AUGAGUGACGAUGUGUGCACAAGCGUGGGCUCCUCCGUGGACAGCACGCUCUUCAACGUGUUGGCCGCGGGCAGGGACAAAAGCAAGAAGACCCUCGAAGAAAUUAAAGCACUCCAAGAAAGGAACAGGACUCUGAUAAAAAAUGAGCUCAAAGAAUACAAAAUUGUUAACAAGCUUAUUAGUGAACACAUAAGAUUCAUGCCGGGCCUUCUAAGUACCCCUAGGGAAUCAUCACAGUUAGGCGCCACACUGGAGGGUGUGGAUAAGGUACAGGAUGUGACAGAAUCGAUGGAAGAGGAGGAGGAGGAAAAAGAACCUCGACGGAUGUCUAAUUGGGACGACAAUAUCGGAGGAGUGGACAACCCAAAUCCUCACACCAGCACACAUCUGGAGGAGAACGCAAAGAUCACAGAAAAGGAAACAACAGACGAAGGAGCAGCAGCUGUGUCGGUUCCCCCAGAGAAUGAGAGGGACCCAAUUAGUAAACAUGAGGAGCCUCCCCAAAAAGGAGAUCCAUAUGCGGGAUUCCCUUCCAGGAUGAACCUACUCCAACUGAAGCAAAAAAUAGAGCGUCAAAGAUUGACUCUCUCAGAUGUUAAGGAUUAUCAGACGAGUACCAUGCUACUUAGCGAGGUAAAGAAAAUAAGACAGCUAUCUUUUAGCGAUGGAGCAGUCGUAAAAAUUAGUGCAAAGGGUUCGUUGCAUGCGGAAGGAAGCGGAACGGGCGAUAAUAAUUCUCAUUCGAAAUUGGCCUUAAGGGAGGAGGCAACGAUUUGGCACACUCCAAAUGAAGAAGACAAAAAUGACUGCACUAAGGGAGGAGGCAUUAUUGAGCAGCUUCUGAUGAGCAGCGACUUCCGUAGCUCUCUGAGUUCCAAGGGGGCGCAGGGGGAGCCUCUAGGUGACUCCUUCACUGUGGCGUUGGAUAGUGAGACUAACGGGGGUAAGCAUAGCGGGGGUGGGCCUAACAAGCUGAACAGUGGAGACGAUGCCACAAAAUUGAGCAGCCCCGAUUGUAACGUCCAUGCAGAAGCGAAUGGAGUGGAUAAGACGAAAGACUUUCUUUAUUCAAUCCGUUCGGUCGGAGAUUUGGCGUCCCCCUCCAGUGGUGAGUUCGACGUGAGUGAUGGAGUACCACUGGGCAGUGAGGGAAGCCAAUGUGGGGAAGCCAGCCAAGGUAGGGAAGCCAGCCAAGGUAAGGACACCAGACAAUAUAGGAACGCCAGAAACGGUAUGCGAAUAAGUCGGAUAGAUUCCCAAUACUUCACAGGAGAGCUUAUCCGAGAGGGUAACAGCGGGGAGACCCUCCUUGAUGGCUCGUGGCCGCAAAGGGGAAAGGACGCAGAAGGAUCUGCGAACCACCCCAUAGUGAUAAGGAGCCAUUCACGAGGUGAAAAAAGGGAUGAUGAGCUCGUAGAAGUUGUAAUCCGAUUGUCCAGAUUAAAAAUUGAGGAAACAUUUAAAAAGAAGCUCCAAUUUUUUGACAAAUUCUGUCUAUCCAUUUGUGUUCCCAUUUCGUAUGAGGGGCAGUCUGACGGAAUGGGGGAAGAACAACGUGGAGGGAGUGCUAGCCUAAAUGAUCUGAGUACAUGUAGGAUGCGGUCAAAGGAUGAACAGCUGGAUUUGUCCAAUUUAGAAAGGAUCGCUAUGAAGGGGGAAAAAAAGGAUACCAAUGGUAAGAGAAGCGGUAAUUAUGUAAAUCACAAAAAAGGGAGGAAUGAAGGAAAGACCUAUAGACAGGACGCCUCCAUCAAGUACGAUAAUUUUUGCCUAAAAAGCAGACAUGUGAAUGAGAACUUUAUCGAGUUUGGGGAAGAUAUACAUUAUAAGGUAGAAAGACAACUUUUUGAGAGCGUCGAAAAGGUAGCCAUUUUACUAUGCGCCAGUGAGUGUGAACAGCGAGGAAGGAAAAAAAAAAAAAAGAAAAAAAUGAGCUCAUCCAAAUUGCAUACUCUGCAGCGGAAGAAUGUUACCAUCGUCAAGUCGCUAAAUCGACCAUUCGUUGUUCCUGACUGGUACGAAAUUCUGGCGUAUGGCGAAGUCCCUUUUAUAUGCAAAAUCGAUGUGGAAGCACCACUGAGAGAAUUGUGUCUCCCAUGGGGGAGUUCCUCCCACUUGGUGAAGCGCCCACUUGUCAUGGUCUACCUGCAGCUUGCCAUGCUGUACCUGUCAAAAGGGGAAGAUAAUUAUCAUCUCCUCAGAAAGGGGAAAACGUCCGAGGGGCGUUCCUUGACGGAGCCCUCACGACGAGAAAGGGUUCAACCACGAGAGGGUCGAAGUCAUUAUGACGAAAUUUGUGACCAAAUUGGCCAUGUCGUCCCGCAGGAGCAGAUUAUCCAAAGUUGCGAGAGUAACCGUAGCUACUGCUCAGGGGGGGAAAACACACAAGGGGAAAGCGCAAAAGCAGGAUACACACAAGGGGAAAGCGCACAAGGGGGAUACACACAAGGGGAAAACCCACAGGGGAGAUCCCCCCAGGGGGUAUUCACUGACGAGGAGCAGACGGGCCAAGUUGGAGCAUCCUCCCAAACGGUCGCACAUUGCACGAAUCGUGAUGCGAACGAUGUGUUGUACAUCUACGUGCACAAAAUGCUGAACCUGUCGAAGAGGCGCUUUGAUAACAUGUCCAUAUGUGUAAGGUUCACCAAAGAGGAAAAGUAUGACUAUAGAAGUUUCACGCUGGAGGAGGAAAAAACAUUUGACUUUUUUGUACACUCAAAGAGGAGGGUGAGUGAACUGCGGGAGGUGAUACUAGAGGUGUGGAGGGACUCCACUGGGAAGGACAAAAGAAGGAGGGGUCGCCAGGGUUGGCACUAUGACGACCAAGAGGAGAGUAGAGACUGCGUUGGAAUAGUAAACAUCCCCUUGGAGGAUAUUAUCCAAAAAGAACAAGUGAUCUGUUUGGAGAAACACUUCGAGAUGACCCAUCAGUUUUACGAAAAUAUGAACUUUAUGUUCUGGGUCAUUCUGGUGAGAGGACAGAAGAACAGACAAGAAAAUGUGCGACAGUUUUGUGAGAAAUACAUCGAAAGUUAUGCCAAUGAGGGGAAACAUUCCCUAUCGAAUAGGGAUGAUCGCACCGAUGAAUCACUAACGAGUUCUGUCUUUUCUCUAUCGGGAGGAGAGCAGUCCUUGGGGAAGAGGUUCGCCCCGUCGGAUAGCGACCCACCGGGGGAAGAAAAGUCUUCGAUGUCCAUCAAUGAGCAAUAUUUUAUAUAUGACUCGGAGAGCCUGCAGAACAGUGAGUACUACGUGUAUGAGUUACAGAGGGAAGUGUUGCAGAAGGACGUGCGUAGUAGUGCUCUGAUCGCCAGCGUUAUGGAGAGGGCCCGCAAGAGUGCAGCGGGGAGGGACCAAACAAGCGAUGAUGAGAAAGGUGAUGAUCAGGGAAGCGAUGAUGAGAAAGGUGAUGAUCAGGGAAGCGAUGAUGAGAGAGGCGAUGAUCAGAGAAGCGAGGAUCACGUUGAGGACAGCGGCGGGAGUGUAAAUAGCAUCAACAAUGAUGAGGAUGUCCCGGAGGAGCGGACGCAAAAAAGGGUGUCGCGGCGAAGGAAGAGGGAGAAAGCAGCGAAGAGGAAAAAAGACCCAGCGAUCUACCUUCCAAUCGAAUUCAUCAAAGAAGAACUGCUUCUACGAGGAAUGAAGGAAGACACAGUCCACCUGAUGAUAGCAGACAUGAAAAAAAACACAACCAAAAAGGAUGAGAGAUAUAUUUUGAAAACACACUUUGAAGAAUAUAUUGACAAGAUUUUUACCAAGUGGGAAAAAUUAACAAACAAAUUAUUCAUUCGAAAUAGAAAAAAAAUGCUUCUUAAUGAUGUGUGUGAAUAUUUGGACAACCUAUACAUUGACGACGAUAGGUACAUAAGCAAAGAAGAAUUUUUCAUUUUUUUUCAAGAGGUCGGCAUCGUUUUUGUGGACUCCACUGUAUUCGAUGAGUUGUGCUUACUGUUCUUUGACAAGGAAAGGAAAGAAAUUUAUUUCUCAGCCUUCUCCGCCCUGAUCAUAAAAAGAGGAGUCGAGGAAUUGAAAAAUACUGUGUAUGGUUACGACAUUUUGUUGAGACUUUUUGGAUCCUUUUACGAGAACCAGGUCACAAUAGAGUUCCUAGAAAAUGAACUAGGAAAAAUGAAUCUGCAGACAAAAAACUAUUACUCAGCGAGGAUCAAAAGGUACUUUUCUUCCGAGGCACUGAGGAGUUCAUCCAUUGAUCAGGGUACUGCCGAUGAAAAUUUAGGACGUUUCUUAAAAGAGGAAGAAAAUGUAUGUUCUUGCACCUCUCUCCUGUUUUUACACUCUGUCAGAUUUAUGCUGACUAGGUUCAACAAUAGGGAUUUCUCCAACCAGGAUUUAUUUUUCCUGGUGAAAUACCUGUUGCAGACACAGUGCAACUAUUCGCGGACGGAUGGGCGCGUCCUCGUGAACGUUAUCAAGGGCAUCGAGUCCCUUAAUUUGAGCUUUUUCUUGGCCCUCUACCAUAUGUACGUGCAACAGCACGCCUCGGGGGGGGGUCUACAAGGAAACGCGCCUGUUGGGCGAAGCCAGCGCAGUGACCCCACCGAGACCUCCCCAGGGGACGAACCUAGGGAAGUGGAAGCAAAGCGAUUCCCCCUUUGUGACGGCAUGGAGGGCAGCACAGACGGAAGGAUCUCUAACGGAAUGGUCGUGUCUUCCCCCCGUGGAGGGGCCCAAGCGGAAGGUGGGGUGCCCGAUCAGACAGGCGAUACGUCUGGCCAGGAAGCGGACAACGAAGCGGACCCCAAAUCUGAGCGCGGCGAUGAGGGAGGGCAAGUGGCUCUCUUCAUGCUGAAGAGCAGUGACAAGGAUGAAGCACUCCUCACGGGGGACCCCGAUAAGAGCAGUGAAAUUAUUGAGGGGGGCUCCCCUGUGCAGGAGGAGAAUACCCCCAGGGGGGAGGCCCAAACGGAUGCACAAAAUUAUGAUGGUGCGAAGGAACCGUGGGGGGAGUCUCCUACUAUCAUAACAGAGACGCAAAAUAAUCGCAGCUUGGUAAGCGGUUUAAAUGACCGGGGACGGAAGGACCAAACAGGUGAUCACACGAUGGCAAGAAAAACAUCCAAUGAUGCACUCUCAAAUGUAAAGAGGCAAAAACACAUGAGCGUAACAAAGACAACGUCUUUUUGCAAUGCCACAGAUGAGAGAAAAAAUACCAGUAGACCAAGGAAAGACAUAAGGAACAGUUUCAAAUAUAUAGUCAUCAUUCUACAUGGCAAAAUUGUGAGUGGGCUUAUAACUGUGGAAUACAUUUCGGAGUGUCUGUUUCGGUACUUUGGGAGAAGAAGGGGAAAGGAUCGGAAUGAACAAAAUGAUAAAAUGGAUUUGCUGAUGCUGUUUGAUCUGUUGGGUCUUUACACAUCUUAUGAGAUUGCCCUGAAGGUACUGAACUGGUACGCAAGAGAGGUAAUUGUAAACAGGGGAGGAGAUAACGAUGACGGCGUUGCUGCAAACGGGGUGGAAGCAACAGUGUGGGGGGGAAAUCAUUUGGAGGAACGCCAACAUGAGAACACCUCCCUGCUGCAAGACUUCACCGCCAUCAAUCACCAACAUAACAUAAAGAAGAUUAUGGAAAGGCACUACCUUAACGAACAAAUCGGAGGAAACAUAUUUUCAGGUAGCACACUGGAAGAUUUUUUCUCUCUCCUAAAAGAGAAGGACAUAGGGAUACAGGCUUUCUCCAAAAAGAAUAUUUUCACAUACAGCGAUUUUUACGCAACCGUUGAGAAUCUCAAUUUAGAUUUCUCCAGAAAUUAUCUUCGCCUCUUGUUUUCUAAUUUGUUAACCUACGACUUGACCUCCUUCACCAGCGUAAACAACAAGCUAAUUUUUUACGACUGCAUGGAGGCUUAUUGGCUGAACUGGAACAGAGCCCACUUUGAGUUCCACCGGGGGGAGGCGCACGCGAAGGUACACACGGAGGUGCUCGCCGAGGUACAGGCGGAGCAGGGCGCUGAGUACCAUGCGAGGGCCCUCUUGGACAGCGUCAAACAAAGGAGGAAAGAGCUAGCCAUUUUUAAGAAGACAAACCAAGUGGAGACCCCAAACAGAGUGAGCCAUAUUCCCCAGAGAAGCAGAUUAGUAAUUGUGCGGGAAGAGUGGGCCACUUCCAUAGAGAACACUGUCUCGGAUCCAACAUCUUUAUUUUUUUACCUUUCUGAGAAUGGCACCUUAAGAGGAGAAGAACUAAUAAAGCACUACUUUUUUAUGAACAUGUUCAGGUGCGAAAUGAACUCUGUAAAUGUGGAUGAUUACGCGAAUGAUACUUAUACGUUUUACGAUUUCUGGCAAAUUUGCAAAGACAAAUGUGUGAGUCAGUGCGAGCGUAUCGAUGAUGACUCCUUUAGGGAGGACCUUCUAAGGCUGAUAGUGGUCAUAAAUGGGGACCAUCGCAGUGGUAAAGAGGCAAUUCGGAAGGGACACAGUGAAGGGGUUAACCCAAGUGGAGGAGGGAUGCGCCCCUCGGGUGGACCCACCAUAACGAAGUCGGCCUCCUCACUUCAAACUUUACUGAAGGGAAAGACUCACCUAUUUUCGAAGAAUUUCAAAAAGAAUCUAGCCAAUUUGCGCCUGGCCGUGGAGAACCUGGGGAAGGGAAUGACCGAGGUUUCUCACUCCCCGCUGGGGCCCUGCCUGGGACGGAGUCGUAGCGCAAUAACCCAGAGUGCCGUGAGUUUUAACGCCAAUUGGAACAGAAGCGGUAGCUAUGAUGCAGGUUUGGGGAGACGAACGGGGAGCACAGAGUCGGGGGAGACACCACUUGUGCAGUUUCUCAAAAGGAAUAAACACGUGGUGGGGCACAUCCGGGAGUUCUUUUACCUGUUUGUUUUCUGUUGCAAAGUGGCGAACAACGAAUCGGUGGAUUUGUCCUUUCACGAGCAGGAGUGGAUCUUCUAUCGGGGGAAAUUGAAGGAUCAGUACUCUCAGAGGGGGGAGAGAAGUGCGCCAGGAUGUACCCCGCCAAAGGGGGAGAAUAAACACACGUACGUACCGCCUAAUGGUGCAAAGAAAAGGGAGAAAGACAGACCUAAUCACUCCCCAUUUCUAUAUAAGGAAGUGCGCAUAUGCUGUGAGGAGAAGAAAUUUACGAGCCAAGAGUACAAGGGGGUGGUGUAUCCAUAUCUCCUUCUACUUUGCGAUCUGCUAAAAAAAAUUGUGCACAUUUAUAAAGAUGGGCAUGCUGCUUAUCUCACGAAACGGUUUUCUGUUAAUUAUGAGGAGAAAAAUUCGAGGAUAACUUUUUUGCAUCGCGUGGAAAAUAUUAUGACCAGGUCAGGCAGUUUUGACUCCAAAGAGUGGAACAAAAUGUAUAGCAUAUUUGAAGCGCUGGACAUCAGAAUCAGUGAGUUCCUUUUAAAUCUGUGGAGCUGUCUAGAGGUGAAUAAUUACAUUAUGAGACUCCCCAAUGGAGUCACCCUUUUCAACGAUUGCUAUAAUACGGUGUGGGAUUUGAUGAGGCCCAAGGGGAGUGGCCGUUCUUCCCUUUGGGCAGAUCUUCCUACAGGAAGGAAGAGGGAUUGUCCAAGGAAGAGUCCUAUCCCCCUGGGGAGGAACAGAACUGAUCGUGAUUCUGAUGAAUGGAACGAACUGUACGUAAAGAAUGUCAAGUAUGUGAUUGCCUUCAACAAGCUGCUUCUGUCCGAUGUACGCGGGAUCAAUCGGAGGAGCCUACUCCACAAUAAGUACAUCACACAGGACAGAAUCUUCACGACGCACAUGACCAACGUGUACGUGAGGGCAUUAUUUAAUGAGUGCAUUUUGACAGGACUAAACAUCAACCGAUUGUUCGCACAUAUCGAUAAAAAAGACUCCUUCAUUUAUGUCCUCUCAAAAAAUUUUAAUCAUAUUUUUUCUGAAGAAGACAUGGCAUUAUUUGUGAAGAAGUACUCCUUCGUAGUAGACAUGACAUCUCUCCACUUGAGAAAUUCCUGCCACAAUUUUUUUUCAACGAAAAGUUUUUUAAAUGACCUAUACAGGCAAGGUGAAUACUAUAAUGCGGAGUUAAAGGGAAAGCUGUUCAGAUUUUUUUUUAAAAAUGAAAAUGUAUUUUUUUGCAAACAUCAUCAGCGCAUUGUGCAUACCAAUUUUGAACCAAUGGAUAAACACCAUUUGAUGUCAUGUGAUAAGCUCAAGAACAUUUUGUCCCUGCAUGGUUUGUUUCUUUCCUGGGCUGAGUUGUACGACUUUUUCCAGCCGCUCAACAAAUUCUGCGUCAUUUACGAUUCUAAGAAGUUUGAGCUGCACGAGGCGGGGAAGCCGGGCCCCUACAUCUUGAAGGCGUACAUCAACCUGCCGAAUUUGUUGCGCCUGGCGAGGAGGGCGGCACGGAAGGAGGUGGAGCGGCAUGGAGGGGGGGAGGAAUACCCAUUCGAAGACAACCGUAACAGAGAAAAGGAUGUGGAAAAAUCUGUAUCAAGAAAUAAUUUUCACAAAAAAGACAGCUACACGGAAAAGAUGCCCACAAGUGACCACCAGUUGUCGUCUUGCCCCAUCAGAAGGCGGGUCCACUCGGGGACGGCCCCCUCUAAGAAAGAACCGCUCCGAAAGGCAAUCCCAAGGAAGGAAAACGCAAAGGAGGAAGAACAAAAAAAGAAGAUUCACCAUGGCAGUCAUCAAGCGGUGUACACAAAUUUAGCAAAAAUUAAAGCGCUACCUAGGACAUACUUCUACCACUUCCGUUUUAACAGCCUAACCAUGGGAAGAAUUUUAUUUUUUUUCUUCAUCAAGCUAGCCAAUUUGAAAUCGAAAAGCAACCUCACACAUGAGCAAAUGUAUUAUGGAAUCAAACGAGCAGGGAAAAAAGAUAUCGUAAAGAAAGAAAUGAAAAAUGCAUGUCAUCUGCUGCUCAACAUGGAAGAGAACAAGUUAGACUCUAUCAUACCGGAUGACUUUGUUUUGAAAAAAGAAGAGUUUCUAAAUGGGGUUCAUUUAAAUUUAUUUCUCCUCAGAGAUAGAUUAGACUUCUUAUUCGGAGAGAAUCAUUCCUCACCAAUUCAUGUGCAUCAAUUUGUUCAUUUUUUCGACACGGAGAAAGGUGCAGUCUCCUUUUCGAACUACAGAUUUGUGUACAACUUUUCCUACGAGUGGGUAAAUCGCAUGCACAUGAAGGAUGAAUAUGUGACCAGGGAAUCCUGUGAGGCGUUCCUCGCAGAAUUUCGUCUACCCGGCGUGGAGGAUGAUAGCAAUGGGGAGGGAGAACCCCCUCUCAGGGUGGCAGAGGUGCAUGAAGCGUCUGACAAGGAAUCCAAUGUGAAGAAAAAGAAAGAGAAUUUUCAAAACGGAGUAGAGGACGUGGCGAGGAAUGAGAAGCCUGUGUGGCGCAGCCAUCCGGAGGGGGACGUCACUCCCCGUGAGGCCACUCCCCGUGACACAUUAGAAGACAACCGAGAGGACCCCCCCGUGAGGCACUCCCUUUGGAAAGACCAACUCGUGAAGAUGUUCAAAAAGAACAUAAAAGGGAAGUGGAAGAAGAUACUCAUGCCGAUUUUUCACCGCAAGGAGUUCUAUGCACAUCGAUUUAGGAUUAUAAUAAAGGAGUUUACGGGGAUGAAAAAUUUUGUGCGCAAAAUGGAAAGCGAGAAGUGGAGAGGGAGAGAGCCCAACGUGGAUAAUAAAUCUAUCCACCAGAAUGGGCCUAGCGAGCCUAGUCAGCCGAGCGCUCCCAUCUCACUCAGCUACUUCUGCUGCUUCGCCAUGAAAGAAAUUGUGAUGGAUAACAUCUGCACAGAGAGUGCUAUGUCGCUUGGAGGAGAAACCAGAAGAGGUGGCGAUUCCCUGCACGUGAAUUACCUCUUUGAGCACACCUUUUCGACCGUAAGGGAAAAAGACAUAAUUACGCUCUUCGAACAUAAUAAAAAAAUUUUCAAAUUGAAACUGCUCCGGGGAGGAAGCAUCAUAGCCGAAGCAGAUCUGCACAUUCUGGAGAUGUUUUCCAUCAUGAGGAAUGAGGAAAAGAAGAGCCAAAAGAUUUUGUGUUUCAUUCCAACCGAUGCGGAUAAUAAGAACAUUAUCUUUUUAGAUGUAGACAUGUAUUAUAAGAGGACGAAAAUGGGUUCAGGUGAUCCCAUAUUUGAAACUAGCCAUAGAAUGGUUAGUCCCAAUUUCUGCGUUGAACAGCUAGCCGAAGAGAGCCCGCAUCAGCGCCCCCAUCAGGUGGACUUAGCAAAAUUAAAUUCUUCCAUCAUGCGUGCCUCUGAAAAAAGAGAUUCUAAUAAUAAGGAAUUAAUAAAAAGAACCCAAUCUGGAGUAAGCAACAAUUGGUGCAGUGACCAAUCGGCUCAUCGAACUGCUCAUUGCACACAUGGGGAAGAUAACUCCACCUCGAUGCACAGAAGGACGAAUUGUACUCUCACUGACAGCCGGCAGAGAAGAGACGGAUUGACGGCCUCACCUGUGGUGCACCCACGGAUUACAAACGGGACCACCCAAAUGAGUCGCCAGUGCAGCGGCGAAUACGUUUGGUUGAGAAAUGGUCGGGAGGUUCUUUUGGCAGAUCAGGGGGGAGGAAAUGUCACACGUGGUGGCUAUGGGGAUGAAGCGGGCGAUGCGGAUGAGACCAACUAUGCUGCGCCAAACUCGAUCAUCCUGGUUGAUGGCAUACUGGAAGGACACGCCUGCAGAGAGAAUCCGAACCAGAAGCACAGCAGCAGGGACGAGUACCAAAUCAAAGAUAAGGACAGAAGGGUGAACCGAUGGAAAAACAACACCAGUCACGUCUACCUAACCGUUAACUGGGUAAUCCUUCCAGCGUGCUUGAUUAGAAAAAUGAUUAGCAGACUGAGCGGGAAUGGAAAUGCAGACCGGUGGGGGGACGACGUGUUUGUAGCUGUUUACGUGGAGGUGUAUCAGAGGAUGGACACCUCAGGUGGGAGUGGCAGUACCGGUAGCAGCAGUAGAGGAAAUAACGGCGACGGGACAUACGAGCUGCUCUCCAGGUCCAUCCCGCAAAUGGUCAGCUGGGAGAAGAGGGGCACCUCCCCCAAGGGUAGCGAUGAAAGUUUGGAAAGUUGGUGCGAAGAAGAGGGCGGUGGGGACGAUGAAGAUGAUGCCGAUAACGGUACAAUGCGCAGACGGAGCAAUCGAGCGAACGGUACAUCACCUGAUGGAGACAAAGCAGAGGGAGGUACGGGAACCCUUCACAACGUAGCGGUGAAUCCCGGUGAGCAGACGCACCCCUCCAGGGAAGAAUCACAAUCAGCGAGCAUGCAACUACUGAAGGAGGAGGAGGCGAAGGAGAAGAAAAAAAAAGAAAGAAAAAGAAAAAUAAAAAGAAACCACUCCUCAGCCAAACUGUCAAGCAUACACAACUUGAAGAUAAAGCAUAGGGAAUUUAUCAACUCGGGGAGCAGCCCAUACGUGGAGGGGAAGAUAACUGUGAAGGCUUUAAUUUCACUGAAUCACAUUUCUGAGGAUGUCGCGAUUGGAGAGCACUUUUUUAAGAUAAAAAACAUUUUACACGAAAAUGCGGAUGCUGUAUUUUGCUGGGAGAGUUUGUUUCAUGGUGUUUAUGGAGAGAAUGCAUUUUCUGAGGAGGAAAAGGAAAGGAAUAUGAUUCUGGACAGCUCAGAUGUAAGGAUGGGUUCUACUGACCGGGUUCUAAUGAGAAAUGAAACCGAGAUGGUGACAUAUCCCAAGGAGGAAGCUGAAAAGUUAGCAAUUGUGCCACAUUUAGAUGAUGGCAAAGGGGAGAAGGAAACGAUCCUUGGGAAUAAAUCCUCUAUAGAAAGGGAAAAAAAGGAAAAUUCGAUCGUACUGUUGGAUAACGGAAAUGCGGAAAACGGAAGAGACGAAAGAGAACUCCGAAAGAAACGACUCAUUGGCUAUGUCUCAUUCGAAUAUGAAAUCAAAAGGACAGAAGAUGAAAGGAAUUACGAGAAGAGAGAUCAUUUUGCGAUACCCAAUUUUGUGAAAAUUUAUUUUCUAAAAAAAAACAGAAAUAAUGAAAAUAUACUGAAGGGAAAGAAUGACAUAUUGAGAAAGACAACUCUGGAGAAAUUAUUUGGCGAAGUUCUGAGGAGAGUAAACUACAAGAAAUAUGUGAAGGUUGAGACUCUCUUGGAUGCACUGAGUUAUUCAGUCUACUCCAAUUACAUGGACUACAUUAUCCGAUUGUUUCGACAUUAUGUGGGGGCAGACACGUCGCUAUUCUUUCCUGUGGAGAAUAUCUUAUUAAUUUUAGCCUUAAGAAAAUUGUCCUCUCAUUUUUCCAACGUGAUGAUUCAUUUGUUUCGAGAGUUCCAUCCGUGUAACGGAGAGGUCAACUCCUUCGGUGUGGUCGAGUGGUCUCACUUCGUCAAGUGUAUGUUGAAAGCGCAAUGUGGGUCAUCCAACGGGGGAGGCGUAACAGUGGGAAGAGGCACUAGGAGUGUUAAGAGGGAAAGGCUUCUAAAUCGAGAGAAGCUUCUAACGCGCGAAGGCCUUGUCGGAGCAGCCAAUCAGGGACCCCCUCAGGAACUCUAUCAUAAACUCAACAAAAGGGGAGGAAAAAAGACGAACAUGUUUUCUUCAACGUCAUCUUGCGUGUCUUCCUUCUCCCCCUUCUCUGCCUUUACCCAGGAAGAUACAGAAGAUGAUGACACUUCUUCCACCGCCUCCUCCUCGGCAGAGCGACACCGGGAAGGAGAAACUCCUCUACGAGGGAAGCACAGGAUGAAGGCAUUAAACCCUCUCAGUCAGAGAGACUGGUGUUUGUUGAACCACUGGGAAAAGUGGCACCUCCACCAAAACGACAGGAGCUGUUUCUUCCUCUUGUUGUUCCUAAAUGAUAUGAUCAUUUUUUACAGAGAAAAUAAGCGCGCAGUGAAGAGUCACAAACUGAACAUAUCGCUACCCCACACGUGUAGUCGUGCUCAGGUGAAGAACAAAGAGUGCCCUCUGCAUAGGAAGCACUAUUUGAGUGGACUCGCAAGUGGAUUGACGAGCAGAUGUGGAGUUAGAGGUGCAAUUAGAGGUGAACGUAGAGGUGAACUUAAACAUGGGCUUUCCAACCGGGUGCUGUGCGGCCAGGUGGGACGUUCCCCGUGCGGCGGAAGCGCAGACCAAGACUGUUCGCAGAAUCGGUCGCGCCAUUGGGGCCCCCACAAAGGAGACGCAAAGUGUGAACAGCGGAAGGGGCAGCUGCAUCCACUAAAGACGUGCAGACAUGUCGAAAACGAUAUCGAGUCUCUCCCUCAUUACGGACACAGAAGAAGAGCGACCCUGAGCAAACACCACAGUCGUGAUGCGUCCCCCGAAGAGAGGUACAGAAGAAGCACAAGUGCUGCCGAUCUGCUUCCACGUGAGCAAAAGGGUAAAAAGAGGACCUCCAUAUAUCAUUACAAUCUAUUAAGAGAUGAAUCGAAGGUCGCUCCAGUGAAGGAUCCAACUGAUGAGGAAUGCACAAAUGGAGUCAACUCAUUUACAGUGCUAGGUAGGAACCUCCGCAGGGAUCACAGAUCGAACCAGUUAUAUUCCCUCCAACGUAGAAAUGAAGACGUGGUCAUGGAAAUGGACCGAACGAAUCUAGGAAAGGCUUACCCGUCUCCUUAUCGACUGUACGUCAAGGUGAAGAGAUUAUUUAACGCGGCGACGUUAGUCAAGGAACGGAUGGCAAUGUCGUUUCAAGUUGUGCUGAGCAAUUAUGACUGGAUCCAAUCGGGUCAUAUGCUCCCCUAUUUUGUGAGCCCCGAACACGGCUAUAUCAUAAAUAAAAUUCAGGCGGUAAGCAGGCCCUUUUUGAAUGACCCCCAUUCGGGUAUCAACACGGCAGUUGUUUUGGCACUUCCAACCCGAGCGGAAAUGAGCAGAGUUUCCAACGCGACGAGUGCCGAGAAGACAGACAACACAGUGAACACGGCGAACCUUCCGGGCUUCGUACUCAAGGCGAACACGAAAGGGGAGUCAUCUUAUGGCCUCUUGAAAAUGUGCUUGAAGAAUUUGUCUCUGCAGAUAUGUUUCUAUGAUGUCCCAUUUUGGAGCGACUCCCUCUCGGAAGAGUCAUAUGCCAAUGAUGAAGCCCUGGGGUGUAGCCUCUACCCGGCGGGACAACAGGAAGGGAGAACGAGACAGACGUGGCAGACGAGGAAGACGCUCGUUUCCAGCACGUUCAUUCCGCUAACGGUUCUUUUGAAAAAGCAUAAGACCAAGGUUAGGGCGCCGCUUGUGAGCUCCCCAUUCUGCAGCAGUCGAGGAAGACGAAGCGACAUGGAGGUGGAAAUUCUCCUCAAGUACGACAGGGUGGACACAAGCGGGGUGCAGCAAAAGAGGGCCACACAGAGGGGUGGGCAAAACGACAUUCAGAAAAUUGUGCAGAAAAAUGCGCAGAAAAAGGAGCAUAAUUUUGUGCAGAAAAUUAUGCAGACGAAAUUUACCCAGGUGCGACCCACGCAGGAGCAAUCCAAGCUGCUCAAGUCCAGGCUGGAGACAUGGGCGUAUGGGCACGCCAAUGGGAAGGAGAGUACACCUGAAUACGGCAUCGUGGCUGAGGGCCUAAAUAUCGACUCAUCCGCGGAGACGCAAUCGAGGCUCCUCCUAAGUGACGACUUUGAUCUGGCGGGGAGACACGACUCGAUUGACUUCUGUAAUAUUCCCCUGCUGACCCUUCCCAAAAUUCCUCCGCCCAUAUCGUAG